AUGGCUUCGCCUGUGUCCAUACGCUCAGGCGCCGGCCUUGUGAAGGCAUUGUCAGCCGUCCAGCGCACCUCGAGCGCCUCGACAGUCCACCGGCGGGGCGUCCAAGAUGUAGCCAUCACCAGGACGGGGAAGCCGAUUAUUCGCAUAGCAGGCGGCCGCUCAUCGCUUGGAGGACACACCGCGACUGUCUUCGGAGCUACAGGCUUCCUGGGUCGCUACGUCGUCAAUCGACUUGCGCGGCAGGGAUGCACAGUCGUGGUGCCCUUCCGGGAGGAGAUGGCGAAACGACACCUGAAGGUCGCAGGAGAUUUGGGCAGAGUCGUCUUCCUUGAAAUGGACCUAAGAAAUAUAAACUCCAUCGAGGAGAGCGUGCGACAUUCCGACAUCGUCUACAACCUCAUAGGCCGCGACUACCCUACUAAGAACUUCGAUUUCGAGGACGUCCAUGUCACGGGAGCGCAGCGGAUCGCGGACGCUGUAGCGAAGUAUGACGUCGAUAGAUUCGUGCAUGUAUCAUCAUACAACGCAGAUCCGAACUCAUCCUCCGAAUUUUUCCGGACGAAGGGCCGCGGUGAAGCCGUCGUCCGCGACAUCUUCCCCGAAACGACCAUUGUCCGCCCGGCCCCCAUGUACGGCUUCGAGGACCGACUCCUCAACAAGCUGGCCGGCAUAACUAACACGUUCACCUCCAAUCACAUGCAAGAGCGCCUCCGGCCUGUGCACGUCAUCGACGUAGCCAUGGGACUCGAGAUGAUGAUGACGGACGACACCACCGCCUCCGAGACGUACGAGCUAUACGGCCCGCAGGAGUACACCAUGGCCGAGCUAGCCGAGCUCGUGGACAAGGAGAUCAUCAAGACGCGGCGCCACAUCAACGUGCCGAAGCGGAUCAUGCAGCCGCUGGCGCAGCUGUACAACCGGGCGAUUUGGUGGAGCAAGACGUCCGCCGACAUGAUCGAGCGGGAGUUCAUUGACCAGAAGGUCGAUCCCAAGGCGAAGACGUUCAAGGAUCUAAAUAUCGAGCCUUCGCAGCUCAAGGAUUUGACGUUUGAUUAUCUCCAGGGAUAUAGGAGUGCGGCGUUUUAUGAUUUGCCGCCUCAGACGGAGAGGGAGAAGAGGGAGGAGAAGAAGUAUUUGCAUGUUAUUGAUGACCAGUAG